AUGGACACCCAGAUCGCCAAUUUGAUAAAGGACACCAAGGAAAAGAAGGUUCCAGAAAAGAAUCCGAAAGUAAAGGACCCAAAGGAUGCGCAAGCCAAAGAAUUGCAGAAAUACAUCAAAAGGCUCCGUGAGAAAGCUUCGAAGGCCAGAUCUUUGGCCCUGGAGCUCACUGGUCUGAAAGUUCCACAUCAAGAGGCUAUGUUCCUUUCUGUUUCCCACAUGUUAAUAGACUACCAACGUUGA